AUGCUAAUGUCUGAAGAAAAACAGAUUCCCAUUUGGCAAUCACCAUAUGAUCAGCAUAACUUUUCCGUCCACCAUUACCAGCAGCAGCAAGACCCGAGCUUCCUGGACCAGGCGGGCUACUUCGUCCCCUAUGCUAAUGGCUUCCCGCAACAGACGCAAUAUCCAUCAUACUCUUCAAUUGCCCCCUUUCAAAUAGGUCAUGUUCAGCACUUGAGCGCAAACCCGCUAGCACAGGUACAGACCCACUACUACUCGUACCAAUCCCCGAACUACCAAAGACAACAAUUCACUCCCGACUCCUCCUUCAGCGACAAGCCAGCCAGCGCUGCCGAUCUGAUCUUCGACAUCAGGAAGGACGAGACAGAAGCUUCGCAUGCACAGCCUCAUCAGUACCAACAGCCCCCCAUCAUGGGGUUCGGGUGGCCGCUUCCGCAGUUCCAGCUGGAAGACCGCUCCAAUUCCUUGUUGAAACGCUCCAAAUCGCUUUCGUUCGAAGACACACAGACUACAUUCAAAGCGCGUGACCAAAGACGUUCCCUACCGAAAAACGUGUUACUGGACACCGAGGAGUCGGCAAUGUCUCAGGUUGAGCAGUUGCAGAAGGACUCUUCACUCUGGGAGCUUCUAAAUUCGGUUCCGAAAAAGGGGAGUUCGUAUAAGUGCAGCCACUGCACCGAGAAGUUCACAGCUGUUGAGAGUUUUAUCCUGCAUCUGGAGAAGUACAAGCUUGUGAGAUCCAACAAGUGCCCGGUGAAAGACUGUCCCUACCGAAUCAUAGGACUCCCCAGGAAACCUGAGCUAAGACGUCAUUGUUUGUCGCAACACUCAGAGACACUGGAAAACUUACUGCGACUCAAGUUCCAAGAAGGCAUAGAACUUGACGUCCGGGCUCUGUCGAAGCCCAAAAGUAAUGAAACGGAGACCGAUCCGAAGCAAAAAAAGCCGAACGUGUGUCCGAGGGAAGGAUGCGGCAAGAAAUUCAGAAGGAAAGACUCUCUACAAAGGCAUGAGCGACUAGUGCAUGAAAACCAAAACAGCAGGUUCAAUCAGCGUCUUCGUAUGCAGAAGACGAUUCUAGGAGAUGAUCUAGACGGAUGA